GUAAGGAGACGCUCCAGCUUCUGCGUCCAUAACGUUUGGUAAAAUCCCCACCGCUUCUCUUCUCAUAUAUCAGAGUAUUUAUAAAGAGCGACUUGGCUACCGCGGGCGUGGUGGUCGUGGUAGAGACUCAUCCUCUUAGAUACUAAACAGGUAUACACUACGGCUUCAAGCUGUAUCAUUCAGGCAUGGAUUACCCUUAUCUCAACCAGACGGGUUUUGACACAAGUUGUUCGAUCCCCGGAAUGGAACCUUCCCUGGCAAAUUGCAACCUGUCUGCGUCGCCGUACGGGGACCUGGGCGCGUGUGCGGGACAGGUGUCCCAAGCCUACCGAUACAACCCGGUGAGGAGUCCGUUCUCCAGUACGCCGACGACGAUGAUCAGCGGUCCCGGUAGCUGUGGUAUGAUGCCUCCUAGACCCAGAGAACACCCUAGUCCAAAUGUUUUCUCUCCUGGUAAGCAAACUCACACGUAGGGGGUUAAAUAUCAGUUCAGUAUGAAGGAGCCAGGAUUCACUCCAUCUCUUUUCACAGGCCUUCCGUACAAGAUGUAUCCCGGCCACUCGCACGAAACGUCCCUCAACCCAGAAAAACGCAAACAGAGGCGGAUACGGACUACUUUCACUAGCGCUCAACUCAAAGAACUGGAGAAGGCCUUCGCCGAGACACAUUACCCAGAUAUUUAUACACGAGAAGAAAUAGCCAUGAAGAUCGAUUUGACAGAAGCGAGAGUUCAGGUAUGGUUUCAAAAUCGGAGAGCCAAAUUCCGAAAAAUGGAGCGAGCUAAGCAGCAGCAACAGCCAUCUCAACAGUCACAGCAGCAGUCUCAACAAAGUGCCCAAAAACAAGAUACAAACACUGUCUCAAGCAAAGAUGGAAAAACAAAAACAGUUGACAACACAGGGAAACCCCCAAGUGAUCAGUCUAACAAAUGGAAUUUGAACAGCGGCAACUGCGUACAGUUACAAACAAAGAACACCACCAACCUCAGCAACCCUCCAACUUUGCCCGGGCCAUAUCAAAAUGUCCUGACGCCGAAUUCAGCAGACUUUCAAGGGCCUGGUGCCAAUGAAAAACCAAACAUUCCGACCUCAAUGUUCUGA